UUACAGGAAACCACAGACGCACACACAGACCAGGCCGGCCAAAGGACGUCGCCCGCGGCAACAAGGUGCCUGUCGACCCCUCAGGAAUGACCAAGACGGGACCCAGUGGAGGUCCGGGUGAUGCAGCGAUGCUGAGCACCUCAGCCGAGUUUCGGACCGCGGUCAAGAUGGACGCCAGUCGGAGGGGCUGCUGAAGCUCAGAGGAGGGGGGUAGUCGGGAGUGCGGGACGGGGGAGAGCUCCCCGCUGCUGCAGAGAAACAGUCCGCUACAGUGUGUGUGUGUGUGUGUGUGUGAGGUGUGUGUGCGUUUGCUUCCGCGCAACAAACGAGGGACUUGGAGAAGGAGAAAGGAAGGGACAGCUUGACCUGCAGCAAGGAGAGGAGAGGAGGGGAGGGAGAGGAGGAGGAGGAGGAGGAGGAGGAGGAGGAGGAGUGGCUGAGAGGGAGAAACCGAAUCCUCUUAGGGAGCGGAGGAGGGGUGGUCGGAGCGAGGGGCAGGACGAGAAGGCGAGAGCGCCCCGGGCACUUAGACGCCGGAGCUGGAGAGGAACGAUAAGGACCGGAGCCUUCGAGGAGAGGCAGGAAGCGACAGCACACUUAGGCAGAGAGCGCGGACGGAGAGAGAGCGUGAGAGAGAGAGAGAGAGGGGAGAGUCGCUGGUGAGUCAGUCAUGGGCUAUGGGGGCCAUGGUGACCUAGCGUAAAUGGCUGUUCCUGAGCAGAGCCUAGUGCCAGUGUCUGCCGCUCGACCCUCCUCUUCCUCCUCCCCCGCCCUGCUCUGCCUGGGCCUCGCCCCCCGCCGGUCCCCGCCCGCACCCCUCCCUCGCCGCCGCCGCCGCCCCCACCCCCACCCCCGCCGCAAUGGUGGGUGUGUGGAAGCUGGUGCGGAGCGUGAGGCAGCUGGAGCUCCAUCGCCUGAUCCUGGCGCUCAUCGUCUUCUGCCUCCUCUCCAUGGCCUUCCUGGCCUACUACGUCAGCAACAGCCCCAAAAUCAAGGAGGCGCCUCCCAUGCCCUUCAGUGACUGCGGGGCGGCGGCGGCGGCGGGCCCGGGGGCUCAGAGGGCGCCCCUCUUCCUCCCCGCCCAGGCUAGCCGCCGCUUGGUCAAGGCCGUGGACAACUCGCGAACGGAGCCCGUGGUGCUGGUGUUCGUGGAGAGCAUCUACUCCCAGCUGGGCCAGGAGAUCGUGGCCAUCCUGGAGUCCAGCCGCUUCAAGUACCGGACGGAGAUCGCGCCGGGCAAGGGCGACAUGCCCACGCUGACCGAGCGGGACCGCGGGCGCUACGCCCUGGUCGUCUACGAGAACGUCCUCAAGUACGUCAACCUGGACGCCUGGAACCGCGACCUGCUGGACAAGUACUGCGUGGAGUACGGCGUGGGCGUGGUGGGCUUCUUCAAGGCCAACGAGAACUCGCUGCUCAGCGCCCAGCUCAAGGGCUUCCCGCUGUUCCUGCACUCCAACCUGGGCCUGCGGGACUACCGGAUCAACCCCGCCGCGCCGCUGCUCUACGUCACCCGGGCCAACGAGGUGGAGCAGGGCCCCCUGCCCGGCGACGACUGGACCGUCUUCCAGUCCAACCACAGCACCUACGAGCCCGUGCUGCUGGCCAGCACCAAGUCGUCCGAGUCGCUGGCCCCCCACCUGGGCCCCCACCGGGCGGCGCACGCCACCGUGGUGCAGGACCUGGGCCUCCACGACGGCAUCCAGCGGGUGCUCUUCGGCAACAACCUCUCCUUCUGGCUGCACAAGCUGAUCUUCGUGGACGCCAUCGCCUACCUGACGGGCAAGCGGCUGUGCCUGUCGCUGGAGCGCUACCUGCUGGUGGACGUGGACGACAUCUUCGUGGGCAAGGAGGGCACCCGCAUGAAGGUGUCGGACGUGGAGGCCCUGCUCAACACUCAAAACAAACUGCGAACGCUGGUCCCCAAUUUCACUUUCAAUCUGGGCUUCUCCGGAAAGUUCUACCACACGGGCACGGACGAGGAGGACCGGGGGGACGACAUGCUCCUGAGGCACAGGAAGGAGUUCUGGUGGUUCCCCCACAUGUGGAGUCACAUGCAGCCCCACCUGUUCCACAACGUCACCGUGCUGGCGGAGCAGAUGAGGCUCAACAUGCUCUUCGCCCAGGAGCAUGGGAUCCCCACAGACAUGGGGUACGCUGUGGCCCCCCACCACUCGGGGGUGUACCCCGUGCACAGCCAGCUGUACGAGGCCUGGAAGUCGGUGUGGGGGAUCCGGGUGACGAGCACGGAGGAGUACCCCCACCUGAGACCCGCCCGCUACCGCCGCGGCUUCACCCACAGCGGGAUCCAGGUCCUGCCCAGGCAGACGUGUGGCCUCUUCACUCACACCAUCUUCUAUAAUGAAUACCCCGGCGGCUCCAGAGAGCUGGACAGGAGCAUCAGAGGAGGGGAGCUCUUCCUCACCGUCCUGCUCAACCCUAUCAGCAUAUUUAUGACCCACCUGUCCAACUACGGGAACGACCGGCUGGGCCUGUACACCUUCGAGUCCCUGGUGAAGUUCGUGCAGUGCUGGACCAACCUGCGGCUGCAGACCCUGCCCCCGGUGCAGCUGGCCGACAAGUACUUCCACAUCUUCCCCGAGGAGAGGGACCCCCUGUGGCAGAACCCCUGCCAUGACAAGAGACACAAGGACAUCUGGUCGAAGGAGAAGACCUGUGACAGGCUGCCCAAGUUUCUGGUGAUUGGCCCUCAGAAAACAGGCACGACGGCUCUGCACUCCUUCCUGACGCUCCACCCGGCCAUCACCAGUAACUUCCUCAGCCCCGUCACAUUCGAGGAGAUCCAGUUUUUCAACGGGCCCAACUACCACAACGGCAUCGACUGGUAUAUGGACUUCUUCCCCUUUCCCUCCAACGCCAGCACGGACUUCAUGUUCGAGAAGAGCGCCAACUACCUGGACUCUGAGGUGACCCCCCGCCGGGCAGCGGCCCUGCUUCCCCGCGCCAAGAUCCUGGCGCUGCUCAUCAACCCGGCCGACCGCGCCUACUCCUGGUACCAGCACCAGCGAGCUCACCAGGACCCCGCCGCCCUUAACCACACCUUCCACCAGGUGGUGACGGCGGGGCCGUCGGCUUCCCCUGAGCUGCUCACCCUGCAGCGCCGCUGUCUGUCCCCUGGGACCUACGCCCUACACCUGGAGCGCUGGCUCAGCCACUACCAGCCCAGCCAGCUGCUGAUAGUGGACGGUUCCCAGCUGCGCUCCAACCCUGCGCUGGUCAUGGAGGGAGUCCAGCGGUUCCUGGGGGUCACGCCCAUCUUUAACUACACCCAGGCGCUGACGUUUGACGAGAGCAAAGGAUUCUGGUGCCAGAAGCAGGAAGGGGGACGUUCCAAGUGUUUGGGAAAGAGCAAAGGCAGGAAGUACCCGGACAUGACGCCCGAGGCGCGGGCCUUCCUGGCGGAGUACUACCGCGAACACAACAUGGCGCUGCUGAAGCUGCUGAACCGCCUGGGCCAGGCGCUGCCCACCUGGCUGAGGGAGGAGCUACAGAGCACCAGCUGGAGCUGAGAGCGGACCGGACCAGGACCGCACCAGGACCGCACAUCAGGGGGCGCGAGGAAUUUGGGGGUCGGCUCGGGGAGUUUUUGGGGCGGCUCACCCGCCGCCCGACACGAACCGCUGCAGAGGAGCCAGACGUGCUUCAUCCCGUCAGAGCAAAGAUUCAUGGGAAAUGGAUUCAUGGGGGGGGGGGGAGCGGGGGGGCGUUUUGUAAUGAAAGGGCUUUGCUGGUGGAGCUUUCAGAAAGACUGAAAAUGUAAAUUCCCCCCCCCACCCCCCCAAA